UGCAUUUCGGUUUCCUCGUCUUCAGUUUUUUUAAUCUCCUUUGCAAAACCCUUAAUAACAUUUUCCCGCAUUUUUUUUUUAUCUCAAAGGAAAGAUCGUUCCUUUUUCUUUUCCAGGAAAAAAAAAAUGAGGUGGGAGAGGGUCCGACAACAGAACCAACAAGAGGGUCUCGGUGAUUCUUCCUCCGGGCCCGGGAAGAGGUGGGGACACAGUUGUAACGCCAUUAAAGGAGGCAGAUUUGUAUACGUAUUCGGUGGGUUUGGUAGAGACGAUUGCUUAACCAACCAAGUUCAUGUCUUCGACGCUGAAACGCAGGUAUGGACUAAGCCGGUGAUCAGUGGCGUGCCGCCUUCUCCGAGAGACAGUCACAGCUGUACAACAGUUGGGGAUAACCUUUUUGUCUUUGGUGGUACUGAUGGGAAAACUCAUCUCAAGGAUCUCCACGUGCUAGAUACUUCUUCACAUACUUGGAAAUGCGUGGAUGUUAGAGGUGAAGGACCCGAGGCAAGAGAGGCUCAUAGUGCCACGCUUGUUGGCAAACGCAUUUUCAUAUUCGGUGGCUGUGGGAAAGCUUCUGGUUCAGAUGAUGAAGUCUUCUAUAAUGACCUUUACAUACUCAACACAGAGACUCUAAUGUGGCAACGAGCUGUAACGGCUGGGAAUCCACCCUCUGCACGAGAUAGCCACACUUGCUCAACGUGGAAGAACAAAAUCAUUGUAGUAGGUGGUGAAGAUUUGGAUGACUAUUUUCUCUCCGAUGUUCAUAUACUUGAUACAGAAACGUUUGUAUGGAAGCAGAUGAAAACUUCAGGGCAGGUGCUAACACCUCGAGCUGGUCAUGUCACUGUUGCACUCGAGAGGAACUUGUUUGUAUUUGGAGGGUUUACGGAUUCUCAGAAUCUUUAUGAUGAUCUCAAUGUGCUUGAUGUGGAAACGGGUGUUUGGUCCAAGGUAGCUGCCAUAGAAGAAGGGCCAUCUGCUAGAUUCUGUGCUGGAGCAGUGUGUUUAGGUCCUUACAAGGCUGGUUCUGUUUUCUUUCUUGGUGGCUGCAAUAAGAAUCUUGAGCCGUUGGAUGAUAUCUACUACCUGCACACAGAUGUUGGAUACAGGGCACGGUUUGAUCAAACUCCAGGGAGGUUGUCUUUAAGGAAACAAAUGAAGCUCAAAUGCCAACAGCAGCAACUAGCUGCGGCGGGAACCAGCACUGGUCAAGGCAGAGAGAAUCUCCCUUUGAGCAUUGGCUCGAUCGAUCAAAGGAAAACAGUUUUUCACGCCAGGGUUACUGAAAACGUCCCUUUAGGUUACAGUAUUGAAACGAUCAUUGACGGAAAGAUGCUUCGGGGUUUUUUGUUUUCAAACAGACACAGCUCUGUUCAAACGGCAGAUCCAAGCGUUAGCUGUGGGCAAGUGAAAAGGCCUGCUAUGAUGGAUCUUGAUUGUGAUCAUAGAGCAAAGUCACAGAGAACUUUGAGCGAGGAUGCAGCAGGUAGUGGCCAACAAGCUGGUCCAGUGGAUCCUUCUGAUGAUGCUAACAAGAAGGUUGCAGAUUCAAGUGAUAUGGAGACACCCAUGAUUGACACUGCCGAUGCCAAUGUAAACAUUACGAGACCACAGGAGGCAGGAACUGCUGCUGUUGCCUCUGAUGUCAAAGAUCAAGAUUCUUCUCAACUCAAUAUGGACACUGUGAACGCAGAACCAUCACCGGUUACUGUUCAGGCGAAUGUAGAGCCGUCGAGAGAUGAGACAUUAACAGACGCGGGUGCUGCUACUGAAGCUGGUCCUGGAGGAGAUUCAUCGCCACAGAACCAAGAUGAGGGAACAGUUGCUGCGGAAGAUGCAGAGGCAGACCAAAAGCCACAACCUCAUUAACUAGAUGAAUGAUAUUUGGGGAGGGGUGUAUAGUAGGAUCUUGAGAUAGCAUAUGGUGUUCAAAGCUGAAGUAGAAGAAAGUGGAAGAUGAGUAGAAGAAGCUAACUCUUGUGUUAAGGUCUUUUGUUUUUGUAUUUUGAAGCCCUGCAAUACAAACAGCUUUUCCUCUGUUGUUAUUACAUUUUGGUUUCAAUUUGCAAGCAAAAGCUAUGCCUUAAUGAAGUU